AUGAGCCCUCGGCCAGUACGAUGGGCGACGACGACGCUGAGAGUCGGCGGUAUGACGUGUGGCGCGUGCACUUCUGCUGUGGAAUCUGGGUUUCAGGACGUCGACGGGGUCGGGAGCGUUAGUGUCAGUCUAGUCAUGGAACGCGCGGUCGUCAUGCACGACCCGGAGCGGUUCACCGCAGAGCAGAUCCAGGAGGCCAUCGAGGACCGCGGAUUCGAGGCCGAAGUCCUGUCGACCGACAUCGCCCCAUUGGCGCCAAAGUCACCGAGCCACGGCAUCCUGUUCGACACAGAAAGCAGCGAGCCGCGCAUCUCGACCACGACCGUUGCGAUCGAAGGCAUGACAUGUGGUGCCUGCACGUCAGCUGUGGAAGGCGGUUUCUCUGGCGUUCCUGGGGUCAAGAGCUUCAACGUGUCCCUGCUCUCCGAGAGAGCAGUCAUUGAGCACGAUGCAGCCCUGAUCUCUGUGGACACGAUUCUGGAAACGAUAGAGGACCGUGGAUUCGGCGCCACUCUCGUUGACACGCAAGUCGCAGAACCCUCCGGCGGCCGGGCCGCCGGCACUGAUGCCGCUGUGUCGUCUACUGUCACGACCACCAUUGCUAUUGAAGGCAUGACCUGUGGCGCCUGCACGUCGGCUGUAGAAGGCGGCUUCGAUAAUAUCGACGGCCUCGUCCGCUUUAACAUCAGCUUGCUCGCCGAGAGAGCUGUCAUCACGCACAAUGCUGAACUGCUCACGGCGGAGCAGAUUGUUGAGAUGAUCGAAGACCGAGGUUUCGAUGCUCAAAUCCUGUCGUCCGUAGCCGACGAGACGGGGACCUCGGCCGUGCCUACGUCGACAACUCAACUAAAGAUUUACGGUGGCCUCAACGCGGCCAGCGCCAAGACUCUCGAGGACUCAAUAUUGGCUCUCAAUGGAAUCACGUCUGCCAAAAUGGCUAUGUCGACUUCCAGACUCAGCAUCUCACACCAGCCUGGCGUCAUUGGCCUUCGCGCAAUCGUCGAGACCAUUGAAAAGCUUGGAUUCAACGCCCUCGUGUCCGACAACGACGACAACAACGCGCAGCUCGAAUCGCUCGCAAAGACCAAGGAGAUCCAGGAGUGGAAGCGUGCCUUCCAGGUUUCCUUGACGUUCGUCAUCCCUGUGUUCUUCAUCAACAUGAUUUUCCCGAUGAUGAUCAAACCCCUCGACUUCGGAGGUGUACAGCUGAUCACAGGUUUGUUCCUCGGCGACGUCAUCUGCCUCUGCCUCACAAUCCCGAUCCAGUUUGGCAUCGGCAAGCGGUUCUACGUCUCAGCUUACAAGGCGCUUAAGCACAAAUCACCAACUAUGGACGUUCUCGUCGUGCUUGGCACGUCCUCUGCUUUCUUCUUCAGCGUUUUCGCGAUGCUUGUUUCGUUCCUUAUCGAGCCCCACACCAGACCUGCUACGAUCUUCGACACAAGCACCAUGCUCAUCACCUUCAUUACACUGGGACGUUUCCUCGAGAAUAGCGCAAAGGGAAAGACGUCCAAAGCGCUCUCCCGCCUCAUGUCCUUGGCUCCAUCCAUGGCUACCAUAUACGCUGAUUCUAUCGCUGCCGAGAAAGUCGCCGAAGGCUGGGAGACCCCCGGGAUGACAGGAGCCACCGCAAGAACGCCUGCUCUCGAGGGUAUAACUGUGGACGAGAAAGUCAUCCCGACCGAAUUGAUCCAGGUUGGCGAUAUCGUAAUCAUCCGGCCAGGAGACAAGAUUCCUGCGGACGGCAUCAUUGUGCGAGGCGAGACGUACAUCGACGAAAGUAUGGUCACUGGCGAGGCUAUUCCUGUCCAGAAGAAGAAGGGCAGCGGUGUCAUCGGCGGCACCGUCAAUGGCCACGGCCGCAUUGACUUCCGCGUCAAUCGUGCCGGCAGGGACACACAGCUCAGUCAGAUCGUCAAGCUUGUACAGGAUGCGCAAACGACUCGGGCUCCCAUCCAACGCCUGGCGGACUACUUGGCCGGUCUCUUCGUACCCAUGAUCCUAGGUCUUGGGUUCCUCACUUUCCUCGUCUGGAUGGUGCUCAGCCACGCUCUGCCUCACCCACCUGCCAUCUUCACGAAGCCCGAGAGCGGUGGCAAGCUUAUGGUCUGUGUCAAGCUGUGCAUUUCCGUUAUUGUCUUUGCAUGCCCCUGCGCUUUGGGACUGGCAACACCAACGGCGGUCAUGGUCGGCACUGGAGUUGGAGCCGAGAAUGGCAUCCUUGUGAAGGGCGGCGCCGCGCUUGAGCAGACGACCAAGAUCACCAAAGUCGUUCUCGACAAAACAGGAACCCUCACAUACGGCAAGAUGAGUGUCGCCACAGCUAGGCUAACAUCAGUCUGGCAAGACAAUGAGUGGCGCCGCCGACUCUGGUGGACUGUUGUUGGCCUCGCCGAGAUGGGCAGUGAACACCCUGUCGGCAAGGCCGUGCUCAACUCCGCACGUACUGAGCUUGGAAUGGACUCCGAGGCCACCAUCGAAGGCAGCAUUGGCGACUUCCAUGCUAUCGUCGGCAAGGGUAUCACCGCCACUGUGCAGCCUCAAUCAAGCGCGGAGCGCACCCGGUACAAGGUCCUCAUUGGCAGUCUCCCGUUCCUCCGCGCUAAUAAGAUCGAUGUACCCAUGGACGCGGUCGAUGCAUCUGAGGAGAUCAACGCGCAGAGUGCGAAGUCCAAAUCGACCUUGAACACCUCCGCAGGCACGACCAACAUCUUCAUCGCUAUCGACGGCGCAUACGCGGGCCACCUCUGCCUGGCGGACACUGUCAAAGAGGGUGCCGCCGCUGCUAUCGCCGUGCUACACAGCAUGGGCGUCGAGACCGCCAUCGUGACCGGCGACCAGCGACCCACGGCCCUCGCUGUCGCCAAGAUCGUCGGCAUCAGCCCGGAGAACGUGCACGCCGGCGUGUCCCCCGACCAGAAGCAGACGCUGAUCCGGCAGUUCCAGGACGAGGGCGCGUGUGUGGCCAUGGUCGGCGAUGGAAUCAACGACUCGCCCGCACUCGCGACGGCGGACGUGGGCAUCGCAAUGGCCUCUGGCACCGACGUCGCCAUGGAGGCCGCGGACGUGGUCCUCAUGCGGCCCAACGACCUCAUGGACAUCCCCGCCGCGCUACACCUGUCGCGCACCAUUUUCACCCGCAUCAAGCUCAACCUCGCGUGGGCGUGCAUGUACAACCUCGUCGGCCUGCCGUUCGCCAUGGGCCUGUUCCUCCCGCUCGGCUGGCAUCUGCACCCCAUGGCUGCAGGCGCGGCCAUGGCGACGAGCAGUGUCAGCGUGGUCGUGAGCUCGCUGCUGCUCAACUUCUGGAAGCGGCCGCAGUGGAUGGAGGACGCGCUGCUCGCGGGCGCGACGAGCAACGGGGUCAUCAGGCGCCACGGUGGUGGCUGGGGCUUCUUUGGCGCGGUGGCCACGCGCGCACAGGAUGUGUUCUCGGCGGUCACUGGGGCUGAGAGGAGCAAGAAGAGCGACGGGUAUGUUCCACUGGACACGCUCGAUCGUGCGGAUGUGUGA